AUGUCGAAUAUAUCGAAAAGAAGAAAAGAGGGAUCGAGAACCAAGAUCAAGAGCAUGGGAGACCACAAAGAGUUUCUGAAGCGCAUCACUAAGACACUGUACUACGGCCAACUACCCACAUUACCCUGUCUAAGUCUACCUGUUACAGAGAUUUCGUGUGAGCUGUGGUCGGUGUCUCAACGCGGGCGGUCGCUCCGGCGCCUGCACGCGGAUGCGGCGGCCGGCAUCGCGCGCAGCGCUUGUGUUUCACCGUGCGCGCUCGUACUGGCCAUCCUCUACCUAGAACGACUGAAUGCUUGCAACCCUGAUUACAUCGCCGCUGCUGCGCCUGCUGAUCUCUUCCUUGUUUCACUGAUGGUAGGUAACAAGUUCUUGCAAGACGAUGGAGAAGACGACGAUGUGAUGUGCUCUGAGUGGGCUGCCUCCGGGGGCUUGGAGUUGAACCAGCUGAAAAAGCUUGAAAUUGAUUUCCUCAAUGCAAUAGAUUGGAAUGUGUUUGUGAGUGAGAAAUCAUUUGAAGCAGGACUGUUGUGGUUGGAACGGCAAGUAGCGCUGAAGCAGGCGCAGCUGCGAGGCUUCUUUACAUACAGCGACCUGGUGGCUGCCAGUGACGCCGCGUUGCUGUCGUCGCUGGCCCGCGGACUGGGUGCGGCCUGCGCAUCCUUAGCGCUGGCGUACGUCACCAGCCUCGUGGCCUUCCUGACGUCCACGCUGGUCAUGUCGCAUGCCUGGCUGCCCGCUCUACACUAUAUGGCCACGCGCACUCCACUCGCCCCUCUCACUACUCUCGACGUGCUCGAUACAAAUAUUAUAACGCACAGUUUGCAUUCGGAACUGACCUCAUUGACCUCAUACACCAACAAUGCAACUCUACACCAGUCCACUUUAGAUAUACUCACUGAAGAGACUGUUUCUGACAGCCUAAAGUGUUGCACGAAGUGGACCAAGUAUCAGGAUAGUACGACGAGCAAGAGGAAUUGGUAUGACGCAAUCGUAGUGUACGACUGGAAGACCUUGGAACCGUGGUGGUCGACGACAUCCGUACUCAACUGGCUGUACCAGAGCUCUCUCGUAAACCCGAUGCAGCGUUGGCUGGACAAGCUCGGCUCAGUAAGCGAGCUAGUGGCGCGCGAUGUCGGCGGAUCCGCACCGCUGCGGAGCUGUGGCGCGGCGCCGAGCUGUCUGCGGCAGGGCCUCAACCUCAGCAAGCUGGGCGCGCUCGUGGCCACCGUGUCCGACCGGUAG